CGGGCUCAAGAGUCACGACUAUCAUAUAUGGAUUGAGCGACUGAUGCCGGUGAUGGUUCGAGGGUAUCUCCCCGAGCAUGUCUGGCGAGUGCUUGCGGAGUUGAGCCAUUUCUUCCGCACGGUCUGUGCUAAGCAGAUAUGUGAGUCGGUGAUUGCGAAGUUGCAUGAUCAAGUGCCGGAGUUGUUAUGCAAGUUAGAGAUGAUCUUUCCACCAGGUUUCUUUACUCCGAUGUUACAUCUCAUUGUGCAUCUUGCGAACGAGGCACUCUUGGGUGGACCGGUGCAGUAUCGUUGGCAGCUUUGUAUUGAGAGAGAGUUCAAGUAUAUUCGAAACAAAUGUGGCAACAAAAAUAAGAUUGAAGCAUGCAUAGCUGAGGCAACUAUCCUCCGGGAGAUGGCAGACGCCACGACAACGUACUAUGCGGAUGAUGUUCCCACUAUGCAUAACCCGAUAUCUCGGUACAAUAUCGACGAGCCCAAGCAUGACCCCAAGCUCCUCCUCUUCAAAUGUCACGGUGGCAAGGCUGGUGCCUCUAAAAAGGGCAUCUUGACAAAGGAAGAGAAAGAUUGCAUAAUGUUUUAUGUGGUUACGAACAUGCAAGAAGUGCUCAAAUUCAUAAGCCAAUACAAGGAUGAAUAUUGGACGAGAUCGACGGAUCCCUCUGAUGCGGAGAUGGAGAUUCUUUUGAAAGAGAGUCGUCCCGGAAAGAAAAAAUUCCUGGAUUGGUUCUACGAAAAAGUAAUUUCUAACAAGUCCCUUUUAUCCAAUACUUUUGCAAUCCGUGACUUGUCCCUCUUAUUACACGUGAUUGAUCAAUAUGAGCGGAAGCAAGCAAUCCAUGAACUCCAUUUUGAAGAGUAUGAGCCAACAGAAGUUCACCGGGACCACUAG